AGCAGAAAGCACACCGAAAGGGAAACUCAUUGUGCUCUCUCUCUCUCCUCCCUCUCUCUCUCUAGGGUUUUCGCUGUCCCCUUAAUCCCAAUUCCAGCUUCAUCUCUGCAAUCAAAGAUCCAUUUUUUUGGCUGUAUACAGUUUUUCAUGGAGGCUCCGGGAAGAGAAGAGACCAACAAAUCUGAUGCCCACUUGACAUCAGCAGCAGCUUUUGUGGAGGGAGGAAUCCAGGAAGCCUGUGAUGAUGCUUGCAGUAUAUGCCUGGAGGCCUUCUGUGACAACGAUCCUUCUACGUUGACCGGUUGCAAGCAUGAAUUUCAUCUUCAGUGCAUUCUUGAGUGGUGUCAGCGAAGCUCCCAAUGCCCUAUGUGCUGGCAACCCAUCAGCUUGAAGGAUCCCACUGGCCAGGAACUGUUAGAGGCAGUAGAACAAGAGAGAAGUAUAAGGUCGAAUCCACCUCGAAAUACCACAAUAUUUCAUCAUCCAACUCUUGGGGAUUUUGAGUUGCAGCAUUUACCUAUGGGUGUAAAUGAUGCUGAACUUGAAGAGCUCCAGCUAGCUGCCGCAAUGGGUCGGGCACGCCACAUUGCCAGAAGGGAAGGACAAAGGAAUAGGUCAUCAGCUCAAGGUCGUCCACAAUACCUGGUCUUCUCUACCAAUCCUAAUGCACCUCAGGCUCAUGCUUCUUCUUCCCCUGAUCAGAUGGGAGAAGGUGAACCAUCUCCUUCAAUUGCAGUAACUUUCCCAUCGCCUCCUAUGAAUAGGGAAGAAUCUUCUCAAGUAACCACUCCUGUUCAUUCGUCACAAUCUGGUUCUGUUUCUGCAUCAGCAUCUGGAUCUAGUAAUUCGGCUCUGAAUCAACAAGGGUCCUCCAUGAGCAAUAGGAGGUCGCCUAGUCAGUCAUCCCCAAGUACCCAAGAUAGAGCUGGACCAUCAGACUUGCAAUCCUUUUCAGAAUCUCUGAAAUCUCGAUUUAAUGCAGUAUCAACGAGAUACAAAGAGUCAAUUUCAAAGAGCACAAGAGGUUGGAAGGAGAGACUGUUCUCUCGCAAUGCUUCCAUGGCAGAUCUUGGUUCAGAAGUUAAAAGAGAGGUUAAUGCAGGGAUCGCAACUGUAUCACGCAUGAUGGAGCGUCUGGAAACAAAAGACGAUAACACAAUUAAUGAGGCUUCUGUGUCAAAUAGUUUAGACAGUCCGGUUUCUGAAUCAGACAAUCGGCGGAUAUCAGAAGGGGAUGGUGAAAAUUCUUUAAAUGACCACAAUAGACCGGCCGCCUGUGCUGCAGGUUCUAGUUCAAAUUAGGCAUUCUUCAGCAAUUGCAUUAACUCAAAGAAGUUCUUUAUAUAAGGUGGAAUCGCCCCUUUGAGCUACCAGAGCCCUGUGGAUAUGAUGCUUUGCCAUCGUCAUCGUCUUCCAGUGGAUGGUCUGUUUACGUUUGGAAAGAGCAUUGGUUUGCUGAUUAAGAUCUGAUUCAGAAUAAAGAAACCAUAGAGUAAAUGCCCUACUUUUUAAACCUGAAUGCCAUUAUCUGCUUGUAAAUUGCUUUAUCUUAUAACUUAUUUAUGAAUAUACUUAUGUCGUACAUGUUAGGUGUCUUUGAAUCAUACAUACAUACAUGUAGACAAUUUACUUUUAUAUGGGAUUAUACGGUAAUUUUCUUCGUGUUGUA